AUGUAUUUACAACUAAAUAAUUCUCUUGCAUGUCUGCGUUGUAUUGAGGAGGCAGACAACAAAAUCUUAAGCGGAAAAGCGAGAACAUCAUCAGAAAGAAAAAAAAUGACUACAAUCAGAAAGAAACUUGUUAUUGUUGGAGAUGGUGCUUGUGGUAAAACUUGCCUUUUGAUUGUAUUUAGUAAGGAUCAAUUCCCGGACGUCUAUGUUCCAACUGUUUUUGAAAAUUACGUCGCCGAUAUUGAGGUUGAUGGAAAGCAGGUUGAAUUAGCAUUAUGGGAUACUGCUGGGCAAGAAGAUUAUGAUCGUCUUCGUCCACUUUCAUAUCCAGAUACAGAUGUUGUAUUGAUGUGUUUUAGCAUAGAUUCUCCGGAUUCACUAACAAAUAUUCAAGAAAAAUGGACUCCAGAAGUUCGUCAUUUCUGUCCUAAUGUACCAAUUAUCCUUGUUGGAAAUAAAAAGGAUAUUCGCGCUGAGGCUGAGGCUUGUACUGAUAGCCGUAAUAGAAUUGAAACUGUUAAAUCAGAUAUGGGAAAAACGAUGGCAGAGCAAAUUGGUGCUUAUGCUUACCUUGAAUGUUCAGCUAAGACAAAAGAAGGUGUCCGUGACGUUUUUGAAACUGCCACUAGAGCUGCUCUUGCAACAAAACCAAAAAAUAAAGGAAAGUGUGAUUUGCUUUAA